GCUUCUGAAGAAGAGGCAAUUAUGAUUGAAGCUAGCUACGACUUUGCUCAGCAUCUAAGCGAUCUGAAACGAAUGCCGAACGACAAACUGCAAUCAAAUAUAUUUUGGAGUCUAGCAUUAGAAUCGUUCCAAGAGCUUGAGCCUUAUUUGCAGCGAAGUGCUGAUGAAAUGCUGCAGACUUGCGAAUUUAGUGGAAAACCUUGCGAUCCGAGUCAGAUAGGUACGCAUGUAUCGGUAAAUUAUGGGCAUUGCGUGACGUACAACUCUUACCCUGCGGCCAACGAUACCACUUACAAACCCAGCAUUGCGACAUCUGACGGAAUCGAUGGAGGACUUAAAAUCAGACUGAAGAUUGAUGAAGAUGAAUAUGUUCGAGUACCCAGCCAAGUUACAACUGCGGGUUUGAAAGUGGGAAUAUUUCCCGUUGGAUCCCCGCCAAAUGUUGAGGAAGAAGGGAUCGACGUUGUUCCGGGUCAAUCAACUCACGUCCGUUUGAAAUCGGUAUUGCUGAAGCGUCUGCCGGAUCCGUAUCCUUCGGGAUGUCAAAACGGCUGGGAUGGUACGCUAUACACAUAUGGACAUUUUAGAUACGACUAUCGGAGUUGCAGACGAUUUUGCACGGGACACAACAUAUUCUUGAAUUGUGAAUGCAUCGACCCGCAAUCAAACGCCCAGGAC